CUCCUGCGCGCGUACCGAGCCGCGGCGCACUACGGCGACGAGGACGCGGACGAGGAGCUCGGCGUGAAGCUCGCGUCGUCGGCGGCGUUUCACUCGCUCGUGACGUUCACGCUGGAAGAGGCGGACGCCAUCUUCUACGGGCUGCUCGGGAAGACGCGCGCGGAUCACCCGGACGAGGCGCGACAGUUCAAGCCGCAUCAGCAGACGCGCUGGCGAAAGGUGGAGCCGCUCGUGAAGAGCUUUUUGGGGAACACGCUGCACUUGCUCGGGCAACUCACGGACGCGGACAUGUCGCGGUUCCUGCUCUCGCGUCUGAACGUCGCGGUGCCGUUCUUCGCGACGUUCGAGCGCUUGACGCGCAAGACGCUGAAGGCGACGCUCGCGCUGUUCGGCAGCGGCGAGCCCGCGCUCAGGGUGCAGUCCAUCUUGCUCAUACGGAACAUGGCCGCGGUGUUGCCGCCGCCGACGCUCGAGAAGGCGGCCAAGGGCGUGUAUCGACAGUUCGCCGCGAACGCAAAGUUCGUCAAUCAGGAGAGCAUCGAGCACGUGCAGUUCAUGACGACGUGCGUGAGCGAGAUAUACGGCCUGGACCAGAACCAGUCGUACGCGCUCGCGUUCACGUACGUGCGGCAGCUCGCGAGUUUACUCAGAGGCGCGCUGACGAACACGACGAAGGAGGCGUUUCGCUCGGUGUACUGCUGGCAGUACGUGAACUGCUUAGAGUGCUGGGUCAAGGUGUUGCAGUCGCACGCGGCGGACGAGAACGCGGCGCUGCGGCCGCUCGUGUACCCGGUCGCGCAGGUGGCGCUCGGCGCGGCGAGGCUGUUGCCGAGCGCUCGGUACGCGCCGCUUCGACUGCGGCUCAUUCGCGCGUUGAACGGGUUAUCGCGCAGCACCGGACACUUCGUCCCCGUCGCGCCUUUACUCCUCGAGCUCCUCGGGUUCAGCGAGCUGAACAAGGCGCCGGUGAGCACGAAGGCACGACCGCCGGACUUCGGUCUCGUGCUCAGGGUCGCGAAGCAGGAGCUUCGGUCGCCCGCGGUGCAGGAGCUCAUCGUCGAGGGAAGCCUCGCGGCGUUGUGCGAUCACCUGAACCAGUGGGCGUACUCCCCCGGUUUUCCCGAGCUCGCGCACGUCCCCUCGCGCGAUCUGAAGCGAUUCUGUAAGCAGACGCAGGUGCAGAGGUUCCGGAAGAUGGCGCGGUCGGUCGUGGACGCCGCGGAGCGGAACAGCGACUGGAUCUCGCGGAAGCGCGACAACGCGGAUUUCGCGCCGAAGGAC